UACACGGGCGAUUUACUGUGUUUUAAACAGGUAGCAAGUCUCUCUCGUCGAUAUUUAUAUAUACAGCGCCGGUAAAAGCCGUGUCAUUAGAGCGAGCUAGAGCGCCGGAGAACAUCGAUAAUAUUUACAAGUGUUGUAUCGUGAAAUUCGCCGGUGAUAGUUUAAUUACAGCUAAUUGGACAUAAAUGGAAAUUAAUUAGGAUUCGGAACGGAACUUGUUGAGAUUAUAUAGCAACGAAUUCACACUAAUUUUUUACCUACUUUUUGCUGUGACUUGAGUUACAGAGAAGGUACACAGGGAAUCUGUGAAAAUAUAUUCCGGAUGAUCUAGUCUUUUUUGUGCUGGAUUUUAAUGAAGUUCUUCCCACUUGGAUUCAGAGCCUGACGUGAUUGUAUUCCUGAAUUUAACGAUGGGUUAAAUUUGAGCGAGAAUGGAGGCCUAUGUCAAGAGAACGUACGCCCAGAAGAACCGUCCCGGUGGGGCCACCAACAAGUACCCGUUCUGGGACUACAGAUCUCGAAGAGGAAGCCUCUCAACAUCCGCUUCUAACUCUUCCAACGAUGGAAGUAGCAUAUCCUCCAUUGGAUCUUUGAGAUCGGAAGCGGAAGGGGAAAACAUCAGUUUGUCCGGAAAUUCCGACAUUGAUUCUAUCAUGCUCAGCGACCCCUACCGGCUAACGGUGCACUUCCUGGCGGACUCUCACGAGGUGUACCCGAUGAUGGACAUGUACCAGCCAGUCAUUGACUGGGUCGACCCUGAUCUCCAUAUUUUCAAAGUCUCGGAGAGGAUAAAUAUUUCCGAACAACGAGCAGACGACUUUACUUACUCAGAAUCCAGCAUCCCUAGUACCGCCGUCAUGAUAUUCCUACAUGAAGAGGGAAUGCUGGGGUGUGAGAGAAUUCAAACGGCCAAGAUCCAUUUCGAGAAGUCGCCUUGGAAAUUCCACCAUUCUGAACAAGUUUCUCGGGGACGGGUCAAUCCGUACCCAUACAACAGCCAGGACUUCUUUUACACGUCGGAAGAUCUUCCACUGUGGGCUGUUCGACAGGUGCAUUAUGGAAAAGAGCAUAUUCGGUUAGUGAUAUUUGCUGGUGAAGAGAACUGGGAUGACAUGGUACAUUUCUAUAAACUUAUUAUUGGCACAGAUCCAGAACUUUUACGAGAGGAUUUUUGUUUAUUUACGGUGCAUACUCAUACACACUAUGAUAUCCAGUUUGCUUUGAAGAGACUACAAAGAGGAAUCAAACCGAGGCCUCUCGAAUGUGUAAAAUUGCAAUUCCGAGUGACGGACGUUGGACACAUCGUGCCCCUGUUCCCCAACGUGUGUAAGCCGCUAUCGGACACGCGCUGGGAGACGAAGGACCACGACGGGAACACGAUAGUUCUGGAAGUCACGGGCUGCCUCUUGCCAUCAGCCAACAAGUCCCUGGAAAAUAGCGUCACUCGAAAAAGAUCGGACCGUUCCGAUGCCUCCGACAGGUCACGUGGUUCCAGUCGGGCGUCGUCGGAAACGACAUCAAGUCACUCGGGGAAAACGAUAGAAAUGUCCGGAUUUUACGUGUGAGAGUGUUUACCUCAUGAUGCCUGUGAUAGUGUGUGAAUGCUACAUCCGGUCACGUGACUUAUGGUGUUCGUGUGCGUGACUGUGUAAAUCUGUGUUGUUUUAAAAAGGAGGACACAUACAUUUGAAGUGCAAUACUUUCAAUAGCUGCCUACUAGAUGGAAUCAUUAACAUAGAAAGAACCAAUAACUCUUCUUGUACCAAUUUUCAGAGUAUCAAUACUACAUUGUAUUCAAGUACAUGUAUGCUUAAAUUGUGGCAACGAGAUCUUCAUUUAACUUUUGAUAAUUCUUUCCUGAACAAAUGAAUUGCCUGCUAAAGAUUUUGAAAGUCAUCAACGUGUCAUUCUCAAUGUAUUCAACUGUCAGAUUUAAAUGUACCUCGCCGUACCUUUGUUAUGAUCAGUCCUCUGUAUGAUAUUGUUUGAUUGGUUGUUUUUGUAUGUUGUGUGUCCGAAUUUCCUCGAUUAAGAAUGGAUUUGUAUUAUUCAUAAUUACAUUCGUGAUUUUAAACGAUCUUCAACAAUGUUCAGUAUAUAUUUGUCGUGAAGAAAUACCUUUUUAUAAUGCAUUUCUGCUAUAUCAAUUCACGUAAAGACGUAAUUAUUAUCUAUAUCAAUUCACAGUCAAUAACGCUUUAAUUACAAAAGUCACGAUACUAUGAUUAUAUUCCCAGACACAAUUACACAAAAAUGCUUCCAAGAGCGAUUUAAUAAGUUGAUAUUGUAAUUGACUUCAUUUUCACAAAUGAAAAAAAAUAUAAUUAGGCUACUUUAAUACUUUUAAUAUAUUUCAAAUAAUUAUACAAAAACUCAAGAAAAUGAAAUAUUCUUGUUGAUGUAUACUGUAUGGCGACAUCAUUGUGAUGUGAUCGACCAAAAGUUAGAUAUUGUGUAUUGAUAUGUUUACCAUUAAAUUAAUUUGAAAUAUAA